CUUAAUUACCAUAGCUUGUCUAGUCAUCCAAAUCAAAGUCCAAACACCUUCCACAACCAAUGUUCAUUCUUUACCUCAGCAAUGAAAGUGUUUGCCUCUAUUUGCCUCUCCGUUGAUCAUUCGUACAGGAAGCUCACAUAAAUAAUUGCAGCUUUCUAGCGUGGAAGUGACAUGAACAACAAGAGAAAGAACCAUGAAAAAGAAAACCAAGAAAAAGAUGGUGGUAGAGAUGAUGGAGAUGUUCUUCGACUUUCAUUGGCUUGCCAGGAAUCUACUCAUGUACCACAGUUCGUCCUCCCACAACCACCGGUCCUGUCGUCUCAAAGACAACUAAUUCCCCCGAGACAAGUACGGCGGCGGCGAAACCUAACAGAGACACCACGCGAAGGCAAGAGUGAGAAUGUACCUUCUUUAUUCCCGUGGUCAACGAAUAAGCGUGCAACUAUACAAAACCUAAGUUAUUUGAUAUCAAAUAAGAUAUUUACCAUCACCGGAGAUGUGCAAUGCAAGCGAUGCGAGCGAACCUAUGAGAUGGGAUUUGAUUUGAGAGAAAAGUUUUACGAGAUUGGCAAGUUUAUAAUGGAAAAUAAAGAAAACAUGCAUGAUCGGGCACCCGAUGUGUGGAGGAACCCGGUUCUCCCUACUUGUAGGUUUUGUGAGCAAGAGAAUAGUGUCAAACCGGUUAUUGCAAGUAGCAAGAAGGCCAUAAACUGGCUCUUUUUGCUACUAGGGCAGCUCCUCGGGUGUUGCACACUCGAGCAGCUGAGAUAUUUUUGCAAACACACGCAAAAUCAUAGGACAGGAGCCAAGGAUAGAAUCCUUUACCUGACUUAUUUGAGUUUGUGUAAGCAGCUUGAUCCUACCGGUCCUUUUGAUCGUUAGUGAUAUUGAGUGUCUACAAGCUCUCUCUAGAUCUCUUAAUGGUUUUAUAUAUAUAACUAUUGACUAUGUCCACCUAUGAACUUAUUAUGUCUAUGUUCUCUCUAUUUGGAUUAUUUAUUAUAUAUGGAAGUGAUACAUCCCA